AUGACUCAGAAAUCUACCCAAGAAGUGGAGGAUAAGAAUCUCCUGACGUAUUUAGUUGUGUCCCCAGACCUUCUGUAUAAUAACCUCAACAACCAUUUAGAUCUUGCUUGUCACUGUGACAUUGGGUGGGACUUCUUCGGCGGUCAUUGUUAUUUCUUGAACGAAACAGGGACGACCUGGGGCAACGCCAAGACUCAAUGCCAAGCUGAAUCAGCGUAUUUGGUGGAGAUUGAUUCACUGGAAGAAAACGCCUGGAUCACCGAGAAAGUAGGAACAGGUAAGUGUUCUCCUAAGUGGGAGUCGUGUCUGGCGUGGACGGGAGGAAAUGACCUUGACACAGAAGGGCUGUUCAUCUGGAGCAGAGGGACGGAAAUGAAUUUCACUUUUUGGCUUCCGCCGGAACCCAAUAGUUAUACCGUGGAUGACGACUGCAUCGUAAUCUUGUACCCUCGUGGGAGUUGGGCCGAUUUCCCCUGCAUCUCUACAAGGCCAUAUCUGUGCGAAAAAGCUUCCCUGACGUAG